AUGGAGAACCGCAAUCAAAACGGUAACCUUUCAACACUUUUCCUCCGCCUAAAUGUGUACUUUUACAGAAGGCUUCUCGUCGGGUCACCCGCAAGGACACCCUCAGAAUCUGGUGCCCCCGGUUCAUGCAGCUCAUCAACAAAACCUCAGUCAUGUGGUUCUGGGGAUGCAGGCACUGAACAGAAUGCUGUCCUCGCUGGAAGGCCAGAUCCCGAUGCUCGGAGCAGUGCCGCCAGGAGCCACCGAGAGGAUCUGUGAGUUAUUCGGCAGUGCCUGGCAGCGCCUUCUUCUUUUGUCUUACAGUGAGAGCGUAUCAGUUGAAUGUAGCGGAACUGGGAGCGGAACAGGCGAGGAACUAUGGUUUGCAUGCAAUCCUUCAUACAACGAGCACCAGUCUGAGAGCACAGAAUGCCUGGAUUAGGAAUGUCGAACGGGAACUGGCGGAGAGAAGCGCGUCGGCUGACGAGCUUCGGGACCAAUUGGAGAGGGCGUUGAGAGAGAUUGAGAGGCUCAGAAAUGAGCUGAAGAAGGAGAAGAAUCAGAGGGAACUGCUCGAGAUCCAAAUGGGCAUAGGUCGAUCAGAUCCUACCAGCAGCCAGGCGACGUUGGCCCUCAGCGACAGCGGAUCCCCGGCGCCGACCUACCCGAACCUGGACCAUCUCUUUUAUGGCCGUCUUAGAGGUCAGUUAGUACUGAAAUGUUUUGUAACUUUUCAGUUUCAGGCAUUGCGGGAGAGCCAGAGGUUCAAGCAAAUGAAGAAGCCGGAGAAAAGGAGAGAGAUACCCAACCUUAA